UAUGAUUUGUUUGGCUGUUAUUUUACUAUUUUUAUUCUUUGUGUUCUUCUGGUAAGGGAUAUAUAAAUAUAUAUAUUUGCAUCGGUCCUAUAAUCUUGAUUACAUACAAUACUCUUCUCCUCGAAUUCCAUGGAAGAAGCUAUAGAGCUGGUUUUCAUUCCUGCCCCAGGAAUGGGGCACCUUGUUUCUGCAGUUGAAGCCGCGAAGCUCUUCCUACGAACACGCCCUCGCCUCUCCAUUACAGUCUUCAUCAUGAAGUUGCCGUUUGAUUCCAAGGUUAGUUCUUACACCGAAUCUCUACUCGCCGUUGCCGAUGAUGACGAGAGCUCCAGGUUGAAGUUCAUACCACUGGCGGUGGAUCCUCCCGAGCAUUUGAAGGACCACCCCGACAAGACGCUCUUCUUCCGUUCAUUCGUUGAAUCUCAUAAGCCGAAAGUCAGGGACUGCGUUAAUGAGAUGAAGGGUUCGAGGAUAGCUGGGUUUGUUGUGGAUAUGUUCUGUGACGUCAUGAUGGAUGUGGCUGAUGAGUUGGGGCUCCCCACCUAUGUGUUCUAUACUUCCGGCGCGGCUAUGCUCGGCCUUCACCUCCAUCUCCAAAGCCUCAGAGACGACCACGGCGUGGAUGUCACGGAGUUUAAGGAUUCCGACCCAGAUCUGAGCGUCUCCACUUAUUCCAAACCGUUUCCGGUCAAGUUAGUGCCGGCGGUUGCGUUGCUUAAAACCGGCGGGUCAACCAUGUUCCUGGACAUUGCCAAACGACUCCGACAGGCGAAAGGCAUCCUCGUCAACACCUUCUUCGAGCUAGAGCCACACGCGCUUGAAUCUCUGUCCAGAGAUAAGAACGUCCCACCCGUGUACCCGGUGGGACCCAUACUCAACAUAAAAAGUGAUAGCAACGGAGCCGCCGGCGAAAUCCUGACAUGGCUGGAUGACCAGCCGGAUUCAUCGGUUGUGUUUCUUUGCUUCGGGAGCGGCGGGAGUUUCCCGGAGUCUCAAGUGAAGGAGAUUGCUCACGCGCUUGAGCGUAGCGGCCACAGGUUCUUGUGGUCCUUGAGGCAGCCCCCGUCCGGAGGCUCAGUAUAUCCGGCUGACUACAACAAUCCCGAAGAAGUCUUGCCGGAAGGAUUCUUAAAAAGAACUAAAAGCAUCGGAAAAGUUAUAGGAUGGGCCCCACAAGCUACCGUCCUAGCUCACCGAGCUGUAGGCGGGUUUCUCUCGCACUGCGGAUGGAAUUCAACUCUAGAAAGCGUUUGGUUCGGAGUGCCCAUGGCAACAUGGCCAAUAUAUGCAGAGCAACAGGCAAAUGCAUUCCAAUUGGUAACGGACAUAGGAAUGGGAGUUGAUGUUAAGAUGGAUUACAAAAGAGAUAUGAUGGUGGGAUAUACAGGAGUUUCAGAAUAUGUGACCGCCAAGGAGAUCGAAACAGGAAUCACAAGUCUUAUGGACCAUCCUGCUACCAAUCCUGUUUGGAUAAAAGCUAAUGAGUUGAAAGAAAUAAGUAAAAAUACCCUACAAGAGGGUGGCUCGUCCUUUAAUUUUCUUGAAAGUUUCUUUGAAUAUGUCGUGAAGAACCUCAAAUAGUUGAAUUAAAUUUGAAAAUUUUUAUUUUCUGUACGUUAAACAAUUUACGUUACCACAAUUCUACUCUGUCUUGCACAGAGGAUGAAACAUUGUAAGUUGUAAUUUACUUUUGACUAGUUUUGCAUGAUGGGAUAUGCUAUCUCAUUCUUCAUUUGCUACUAAAUAACAAAAUUUCCGCUCUUAAA